AUGGAGUUAGUGAAAAACAACGGAAUCGAGAUCCUGUCACGCAGGAGCAUCGUGAUAAAGGAUUACGAUUGCGAGAAUGGUGUGAAGGACGAGGACCACGGGGACGAUGAUGAUCGUGCCUCCAUGAAGAUCGAUCUGUCGAUGGCCGAGCAGUUCUACUACGAGGUGAUCUCGUCGUUCGAGCAGGAGGAGAAAAUAUGUGUCUUCCAAAAGUUACUCGAGGAUCUGUCCUCACGGAUGGCCGCGGCCGAGGCGAUCCAAAGCGGCUGGCAAAAUCCGAGCGACGCGAACGAGGCGACGGAAUUGCUGGAGCAAUUGCAGAAAUUCGGCGAACGGCUGGUGCCCAUUCAGAGGAACAUCGAGGACGCGAACGACCAGGCGAGCGUCUUCGGCUCGAGCAGCGUCAUCGUUUCUCAUGCUUUGCUGGCGAAACUCGAAGAUCUGAACACCAGGUGGAAGGUGCUGCAAGUGGCGGUUGACGAGCGUUACAAGUUGCUAAGCGGAUUUGGAAAGGAUGGCAGCACUCCGGGUAGCCAGGCUUUCCUCGCGAGCAGCGUGGAACCACCAUGGGAGAGAGCCCUCACACCCGCCAAAGUGCCUUACUAUAUCAACCAUCAGUCGGAGACCACCCAUUGGGAUCAUCCAAAAAUGAUAGACCUGAUGUCCUCUCUGGCGGACCUGAACGAAGUACGAUUCUCCGCGUACAGGACUGCGAUGAAGCUGCGCACCGUUCAGAAACGAUUGUGCCUGGAUCUGCUGAGCCUCUCCACCGCAUUGGAACAGUUCGAUUCGCACGGGCUACGAGCGCAAAACGACAAGCUAAUCGACAUUCCGGACAUGGUGACAGUCCUGACGUCCCUGUACGAAGUGAUAACGGCUGACAAUCCUACGCAGGUGUCUGUGCCGUUGUGCAUCGAUUUGGCCAUCAACUGGCUCCUCAACGUGUACGAUAGUCAACGGACCGGUCAGAUUCGCGUGCUCUCCUUCAAGGUUGGCUUGGUACUGUUGUGCAAGGGCCACCUGGAAGAGAAAUAUAGAUAUCUGUUCCGGCUGAUCGCUGAUCCGAACAGACUGGUGGAUCAACGGAAACUGGGUUUACUGUUGCACGACUGCAUCCAAGUGCCGAGGCAGUUAGGAGAAGUGGCCGCGUUCGGUGGAUCGAACAUCGAGCCGAGCGUCCGCAGCUGCUUCGAGAAGGCUGGAAAGGACAAAAAUGAAAUCGAGGCGGUGCACUUUUUGAGCUGGCUGCAACAGGAGCCGCAGAGUAUGGUCUGGUUGCCUGUGCUUCAUCGACUCUCCGCGGCGGAGAGCGCUAAGCAUCAAGCGAAAUGUAACAUAUGCAAAGAGUAUCCCAUCACUGGGUUCAGAUACCGUUGCUUGAAAUGCUUCAACUUCGACAUGUGCCAGAACUGUUUCUUCUCGGGCCGCAAGGCGAAGAACCAUAAACUGACGCAUCCGAUGCAGGAAUACUGCACUGCGACCACAUCUGGCGAGGACGUUCGCGACUUCACAAGGGCACUCCGUAACAAAUUCAAGUCGAAGAGAUACUUCAAGAAGCACCCGCGGGUCGGUUAUCUGCCAGUGCAGACCGUGCUCGAGGGUGAUGCACUGGAGAGCCCGGCGCCGUCGCCGCAACACAGUUCCCUCAGUCAAGACAUGCAUUCCCGAUUAGAGAUGUACGCGACCCGGCUGGCUGAGGUCGAGCUGUCCCGCACCAGAAGCAACUCGACCCCGGACAGCGACGACGAGCAUCAGCUGAUCGCCCACUAUUGCCAAAGCCUGAACGGCGGUGACAACGUGAACAUGCCGAGGAGCCCCGUUCAAGUGAUGGCCGCGAUCGACGCCGAGCAGAGGGAGGAACUGGAGGCAAUGAUCCGCGAGCUGGAGGAGGAAAACGCGACCCUGCAGGCGGAGUACGGACGGUUACGAUCGAAACAGACACCGGGCUCCACGCCCGAGGACGGACAAGGCAAUAGACAACCGGACUGCGACAUGAUCGCUGAGGCGAAAUUGUUGAGACAGCACAAGGGCAGAUUGGAGGCACGGAUGCAGAUACUGGAGGAUCAUAACAGGCAACUGGAAGCACAGUUGCAAAGACUGAGACAGCUUUUGGACGAGCCGAAUGCCUCUUCGCCGUCGAAAACAGGCACGUUACAAACACGAAGCGUAACAGCGUCACAGCUGGCGACCGAUUCUCCAGCAAAGAUGAACGGCCACUACCACGAUUCGCCGGGUGGUGGAGGCUCGAACGAUGGACGUGUGAGCAGUUUAGAGAGGCCGCCACCGCCACCGCAUUCUCACAGCGUUGCCCACAAUGUGGGUAAUCUCUUACAUAUGGCAGGAGACUUAGGAAAAGCUGUCGGCGAACUGGUGACGGUGAUGACCAGCGACGACUCGUCGAAAACGAACGGACAAAGGGCACCGCCGCCGGCAUUCAAGUAACGAUUGCGACUGACCACGUUUCAAAACCAUUGAACACGUUCGAACGACAUCGACGAAGGGAGGGAUAACCCGAUCUGUAGAGACGUGCACGAGAUCCAACGUGAAAAACUUUUAAUCAUAAUCAAUGACCAAUAAGAAGUCUGGCUCUAAACGCAUAUCAGAGAGACGGUAUAUCGCGCAAAUGCAGGGUCAGGGGCGCCGCCACAGUGGUUUUGGGUAUUUUAUAAGUUUUGAUAUACAUCGUUGUAUAGCUAAAUUAUAUUAAGAUGACAACUUAUGGUUUGGCUUUGGCGGGCCCCUGAGAGUAACUUUACUACAUAUUUGACACGUCAUAUCAUUGAGACUAAUCGU